AAAACAGAAUCUCUUGUAGAUUUGGAGAAUUAAUAAUACAUAAAGAACAUAAAAAUACAAGUGAAAGGGAAAUUGAGAGGCAACUUCCAUCCAUAACAAUGCUGAUGCAUGUACCAAAGUUGAAAUAGUAAAUCCUUUCAACGGUGUCGCUUUCUCUCUUUCCCAUAUGGUUGGUUAGUCAUUACUCAUUAGGCAGUCAGUCCAGGACUCGUCGCUCCACGCUCCUACACCCGAAUCCAUGACACAAAAGCAUAUACCAUAGCAGCCCAGCCGGCUCGGAUAAGAUCGGAUCCGCUCACUAACCCUAGUCAAAAUCUUAACCUCGCCCUGGUUACCCCAACCACCUCCACAAUCCUCCCACGUGUCUCUAUCCAGCGCUUCAACUCAACCUUCCAGAACCAAGUGGCUAGCCCCUCCCCUGUAUAUAAUAUAACUUCCUCAGACUGUCUAGAAAACCCAAACAGAAACUCAAAUCUUUUGCAUCACCAUCAAUGGCUUCCUCCAAUCCUAAGGUUUUCUUUGACAUGACAAUCGGCGGCCAAUCAGUCGGCCGGAUCGUUAUGGAGCUUUACGCGGACACCACUCCUAUAACAGCUGAGAACUUCAGGGCACUCUGCACCGGCGAGAAGGGCACUGGUCGCGCUGGUAAACCGCUACACUACAAGGGGUCGGCCUUCCACCGGGUGAUCCCGGGAUUCAUGUGCCAGGGCGGUGACUUCACUGCCGGGAACGGUACCGGCGGAGAGUCCAUUUACGGGGCGAAGUUCGCGGACGAGAACUUCAACAGGAAGCACACUGGCCCCGGCGUCCUGUCCAUGGCCAAUGCGGGUCCCGGCACCAACGGAUCACAGUUCUUCGUAUGCACUGAGAAGACGGAGUGGCUGGACGGGAAGCACGUGGUGUUCGGGCAGGUGGUUGAGGGGAUGGACGUGGUGAGGGCGAUAGAGAAGGUAGGAUCGAGCUCCGGAAAGACCUCAAAGCCGGUGGUCAUUGCUGACUGUGGUCAACUCUAGAUCUGAUAUCUACUAUAAAUCCAGUAAUAAUCUAAUGUUUUGUUUGUGGUUGUGGUUCAUCUACGGGGAUGGUGUCGUUUAACUUGUUACAGUGUCGUUGAAUUCCAUGGUGUCAUGUUCAUGGUUAUGGUUUUGGUGGGUUUUUAUGAUCCAUUCCAGACUUUUCAUAUUUUAUUUUGUGAUAAAAUAAAGAUUAGUAUGAAUCAGACAA